UCUAGAGAGCGGGCGGGCCCCGAGCGCGCCGGAGUCGAGGUGGGCGUUCGUUUUCUUACUGCAGUCGGGACCACCAGAGUGCUGGAGACCGCUUGGCCCUGCUGGUCAACGAAGGACUGCCGCCAUGCACUGCCUCGGACCCGCGUGCGGCUCCGGAGGCCUUGGGUAACCUCGGCGCCAGAGGUCAAGCUUCAUGACCAUAUCUGUACUUCUGCUUCCAACCCAUUCCAACUGCAACUGACUAAGAAGUAUGCAGCCGGAUCCCGGCGUGGUGGCGAACACCUUUAAUCCCAGCACUCAGGAGGCAGAGAGGCCCAAAUUAAGGAAGCUGAAGAAAUGUUGUGUCAAGACAGCUUGUGCAGACAAGCUGUGAGCAUUCCCAACAGACAGGUUGUAUGCUUACUGGGAGGGAGCCAUCCACUGUUGGGAAAGUUGGAACCUGUGGAUUCCAUGCCAGAGUUUCAAAGACAGUUGUGCUGUAACCCACAGAAAGUAUUUCCCCAGCCUCAUAAUGAAGACCUAGAUAAACAUAAAAUAUCUCAAGGUUGCCUAGAGAGAGAAAUGGAACAAGUAACGAAGAGGUUGGGGGUGGCUAUAGAAGAGGUCCGGAGGCUUGCUGCUGGCCUACAGGUGGAAGAGAAAGAGCAGAAUGAAUUAGAUUUUGCACUUAAGAAAGCUCAACUAGAAAUUGAGAAAUUGAAAGAAAAUCUGAUAAAACUGAAAGAACGUGAUAUACUUGACCUACAGAAAGCAAAAGGACAUAAUCAGAGACUGGAUGAGGAAAUUCUGGCCUUAAGAAACCGGGUUCGGUUACUUGACUCAGAAAAAAAAGUGCUUGAAGAAAUGGUUGAAAAACUCAAAGGAGAGCUGUGUGAAUCUCAAAAGAAUGAAAAACUUGGAAAUCACUCCCCUAGCAAAAACAUGGAUGUUGAAGAGAAAAGAAAGAUAUUGAAAAUGAGCCCAGAAAAUAUUAAGAUAUUUGAAAGUUAUUUGUCAGAAGAGAGAGAGAAGAAAAAGCAAUUGAUAUCUGACUUUCUUACUAUACAGAAGUCCUUGAAAGUGGAUAGUGAGGAAUUUCAAAAAUCAAAGUCAGAACUUAUGUGUCUUUAUAAGGAAAUUCAAAGUCUUCCAAAGGCAGCAGAGAGCAGAGAGCAAUUUUUAAUAGCAUAUGACCUGCUACAAAAAGAGAAUUCUGAAUUAGAAGCCCAGGUCUUGAAGUUUUCACAAGAAUUGGAAAAAUUAAAUCACUUCACUAUAGGGGAUAAAAGUUCUAACUUAAUUCCAAGUGAAAAUACCUGUGAAGAGCUGGUGUCUAAAGUGCCAGUUUUGGAAGUAGAGAUUCUGAGCCCGAAUGAAGACAGAAAGGCAUUCUGUUCUGAGUCAGGAGACGGUCAGCAGAAGGACGUUGCAGGGGAGACAGUAAAGGAGGGCACUUUUCCAAGAGAGGGGCAGAAGGAGGCCUCACAGCAGGAUGGAGACAAGAAAGGUGACGAACAACAGUUGGCCAUGAAACCCAAGGAAGCUGUGAAGCCUGGAGAAGACCCAAGCCUUCGGUCCCAGAGCUGUGUUAGUUCAGAUGACAGCAGCACCCAGUAUCUAAUAUCUGGAGAAAAGCUGAAAGGCCAGCAGCAGGAGGAAGUACAACAGCUUCGCCAGAAUCUGCACCGCUUCCAAAUUCUUUUUAACUCUGCAGAAAAAGAGCUUCGAUAUGAGCGAGGAAAGAACUUGGACUUAAAGCAGCAUAACAGCUUCCUGCAGGAAGAGAACAUUAAGAUGAAACUUGAACUCAAGCAGGCCCAGGAGAAAUUACUAGAUAGCUCCAAGAUGUACUCGUCACUCACGGCAGAGUGGAAGCACUGUCAGCAGAAAAUCAAGGAACUGGAGCUGGAAGGACUAAAGCAGGCUCAGAGCAUUAAAUCCCAGAACUGCCUGCAGGAAAAGCUGGCUCAGGAGAAAUCAAAAGUUGUCUCUGCAGAGGAAAAGAUUUUGGAGCUGCAGCAGAAGCUAGAACAUGCUCAUCAGAUCUGUCUCUCAGACACCUGUGCUUUGCGGAAGACCCAGCUGGAGGAGAGGCUCAAAGAAGAGAUGGACAGUGAGGCCAGGCUACAGCAGCAGUGCAAGGAAGAACGGCAGGAAAGGGUACGUCUAGAUCAGGAAAUAAAUGAGCUCACAAGGCAAGUGAGAACCCUGCAGGAGAAGGAGAACCAAAGGGAAGUGUCCAGUUCCCAGCAACAAGAGGCUCUGCUUAAACAACUGGAAAAUGAGAAGAGAAAAUGUGAAGAGCAUAGCAAGAACAACCAGGAACUGUCAGAGAAGCUGUCUGGGCUCCAGCAAGAGAAGGAAGCUCUGUGGAAAGAACACGGACGAUUUUUGGAGCAACUUAGCGAGUAUGUGAGAAGCUACAAUGACAAACACCACUACCACAAAGCCAAGCUUCAAAAGAUCAAGGACCAAUUAACUCGUGAAUUAGAAAGACGAAAUAAAAGGAUCAAACAACUUGAAGAUGAAACUGGAAAGUUACAACAAAAAGUUGAAACGGACAAGAUUUUCCAGGCCCAGGUCAUUGCCCAAAAUGACAUCCUGCUCCUAGAGAAAAGGAAGCUUCUGGAACAAGUCACAAAUCAAGAAGAACUGAUCAGCAGCAACAGAACCACAAUCUCUUCUGUGCAAAGCAAAGCAUUCUACCUGGAUAAAGAAAAUAGGCAGUUACAAGAAAAUUGUUUCCGGCUCAUGCAGCAAAUUGGUCUCUUAGAGCGCAUCAUCAGGAGCAUCCAGAUUCGCCGAACAGAGGAAGCAACAAUUAGUGACAUCCCAGCAUUGGAAAUAUUCAGUAAGAUACUACCUUUACGAAGCUCCAGUUUCAUACCAACAGAUGUGGUGGAAUCCAUUGAAAAUUUCGAGGAGACUGAGAAACAUAAGUCAGAAGGAGCAACAGCAGCUCCCGUCCCCGAAUCUCCAUCGUGUUCACAGAAUUUUGAAACUGGAUACAUGAAUGUGACUUCUCAGAAAGAUGCUCACAGCACGCCAGAACAAGACUAGAAGUCAGAACCAUAAAGUCACUGGUGUCCAAAACUACAGAUCUAACCUGCCAACUCAGAACAGGAUGUGAACAUGGAAUAUGACUUGGCAGUUUCUACAGAGCCCCACUAGACAUCAAAAUGGCUAAUAAAUUCAUUGAAUAAUUUUUAAAAACA